UGUGUUCUGCACGGUUUUUAAAUCACGCACCGAGUCGAAGCGAGAGGGUGGGGGUAGAAGUGUAAGUAGAUUAUCAAAGCCAUUGGCCAUUUGCUUCUCGUUAGUUCCUCGGCUUGAAACCUCGCCAAGACCCACUGACCGGGUUUCCGUAUUUGCGCGAUGAAUCCCUGUCAUUAUUAGUCCUGCUCCCUGUACCCCACGAGAUGCAUGCUUUCCUCCUGCUAUACUCGAGAAGAGGGGGAUGGCGCAAAUAGGAAUAAUUUUGCGAGGAAAUGUCUUCACCGUGCAGAGAAACUGAAGAUUACUGUCCCUGCAGACAUUAUUUUCUUCCACACCUGUCAUGAAGACACGACCGGCGGGCAUCGGAAGUGCCCGGGCGGACUGGAUGGGGUCGCUGUCCCCGAAGCUCACUGCUAUGCCCCUCAAAUACCUCGCUGUGCCAGGGUCCCACGACUCGUUUACAUUCUGGGUGGAUGUGAAGGCACCCGUGGGUCCUGAUCAGAAGGCGUUUGUCAAGUACCUGGCCACCAUCUUCAGACACAUGGCCAAGAAGGUUAUGGUGAAGUGGUCCAUGACCCAGAACCUGACUUUUAGAGAGCAGCUUCAUGCAGGUAUCCGCUACUUUGACCUCCGAGUGUCUUCUAAGCCAAGAGAGCCAGGGAAGGAGAUCUACUUCAUCCAUGGACUCUUUGGACACAAGGUGAGGGAUGGGCUGUCAGAUAUCAACUUGUUUCUGAACAAACAUCGGAAAGAGGUGGUGUUCUUGGACUUCAACCACCACUAUGCCAUGGAGGAGGAGCACCAUGUCUACCUCAUCAGCAUGCUGCAGGAGGUGUUUGGCAGCAAGCUGUGCCGGGCCAGCCCUGUGGAGACCAUCACCCUUGACUUCCUCUGGGAGAAGAAAUACCAGGUGAUAGUGUUCUACCACCACACUUCAGCACAGGGCUGUCCUGUCAUUUGGCCCGGCAACAAGAUCCCGGCACCCUGGGCCAACACCACCAAACCACACAAACUCAUCAAGUUCCUGGAGACCACGCUGCAGGAGCGGCAGCAGCAGGGCUCCUUCCACGUGUCCCAGGCCAUCCUUACCCCAAAGGUCAACACCGUGGCCAAAGGCCUGGUGUGGGGCCUACGCAACUACCUGGUGGAGAGAAACCUUCCUGCCAUCAUGACCUGGGUGGAGGCUCAGAAGCCCGGCGUUGGCGGUGUCAACAUCAUCACCUCUGACUUUGUGGAGCUUACCGACUUUGCCAACACCGUCAUCAGGCUGAACAACCUGCUGCUGUCUGAGAGGGACCACAGCGGGGCUUCGUGACAGAGGACACGCCCAGUGUGGGUCAUUCAAGGUGGAUGAGGUGGUGUGUAAAUGCUCGAGACAGUUGUGGAAUGAUAAUGUCAUCAAGAGGACGGGACACCAAACAAUUGUCAUGGCAACAGGUUAUCUUUGCUCGUCGUUGUUGUUCAGCGUCUAGUUAUAGUGACAAUGAGGUUUGCUUUGCACAGAAGCACCGAGAGUAGGAACGAACAAAUGUGAUUGAAGUUAAGCCAAGGAGAUCGAAUCAUGGAUGGAUAUUGUUGCAUUAUGGGAUUGCAGUGGGAAUUGAUAAGACAGAUAUUGAUAGUAAAGAGGAAGUUGAACUACGCCCUUCCUGCCUGAUGAGAAGUCCUUUGGUCAUGUUUAAAAUUCACCUUUUGUGCUAAAACUAUGAAUCAGACGCUUUUUCCAAACUACGGAUAAAACUGACAACAUGGGUAGGUAUGCCAAUAUGUAUGUUUAUGGUACUGUACACUACAUUGCUUUGGGAAUAAAACAUUGCCUUUCUCAUUCAUAAAUCCAGAAUUAAUUUUAGAUACCACAGAGAUUUUCACACGGUUGGUGAUGGUUCAUCACUACCUAUGAUCUGUCAAAUGUCUCUCAUGUACUGGAUUGAGUUAAAAUAGAAAUUGCAUGACCUGCAUUGCUGUUCUGUAUGUAUAAGAAAUUAGCUUCAGCUAUUUGAUGCACUAUAUUUUUAUAGUAUUUUGAAGUAUUCUAUUAUAUAUUAUAUGAUAUUGUCUGUGAAGAGUAUCCAUGGUUUAAAUGAGCAAGUUGAUGCAGCUUAGAUUGCAUGUUUCGAAAGUAAAGGAUCACAAUAGUUUUUACAUGGAAACUCCAACUGUUUGCGUCUGUAUAUUUUCUUUCCCAUGUCUGUUAUAGGUAGUGGUUAGCACUGUGGCUAAAAGGGGACAGGCUAAUCCAUCUGUAGUACCUGGUCCCGACACGGUCUCCCUCACCGUUUGGUGGUUUGUCUGGAUACUUUAACUACAUUUAGUCACCUUUGGCCCACAAAGAUGACUAAAAGUGUGUAAUGUCUGUGCCAAAAUCCUCACUAACGCUAAACAUGCUUACACACACACAAAACACAGACAUGAGCACACAUAUACAAAAACAUACGGUCAGGAAGUCAACCUGCAGUUAUAUAUGCGUCUAUGUUUACAGUUUAAUCACAGCACAAGGUUUAUUGCGCAAAUUCCUUGGCAGGAAAUUCAGAAGGUAUACUUGAGUCCUCCAGAGGUGGGGAAACCACAUUUUCUCUCAUAUAUGGAUAGAGAAGAUUCUGCAAUGUGAUACCUUCCUGAUGCACACACUAACACACA